GAGCAUCAAGGAUCCCACAGAUAUUAUUUUUUCCUCAAUAUUGAGUCACCUUUGAUUAUUGUGACUCUUGACCGCACAUUGUGUGAAACUUUGGGGCAAGACAAUUAUCUAUCCAGCACUAGAAGAGAAGCUUUGGGAGAAGAAGGAAGAGGAGUUGAUUGAAAGAGCUUUCUGGUCCUGAAUUCAUCAGACUGGUAGAAAGGCUACCAGAAAGACCUUGGGGAUAUUAAAAAACAACAACAACCCUUGGCGUUCAAUAUUCAAAAGAAUUGUUAAUUUCGCCCAGCAAGAAUUUUCUAUCCAAAACCACUGCAAACAUCACCUGCUGCUUUUUUUCAACUGGGCAAAAAAGUUGGAGAUGGUUAGGAUGCUAAAGUAUGCAUGCUAGAGAGAUCCUUAUAGUUGGAUAAGGAAAAAAAAGUCAUCCAGAGAUUGCUGAAAAAGCAGGUGAUCUUCAUUCAGCAUAACCAACUCUAUACUCAAGUUGCUGACGUUGAUUGGUCAUUCACACAAUUUUUGAGUAGGGCUAAAAUGUUAACUUUUAACAUCCUAAGCCCCCUAAGAGGAGUUGUGUGGCACUGUCCCUUGAAUAGGAUGUAGCUUAAGUUGGCCUGACUCUUGUCAGUUAUAUAAUUCUUCUUUUUUGCUACUUGAGUAUAAUAUUAUGACAGUUCUAUUUGUUAGCUCUAUGUCCUUCUCGUGUCCCCUGCAUUGUUGUCUUGGUGAGUGGCAAGCCACAGAACUAUUGGGUUGUUAUUAAUAACACUAUAUUGCGUUUUCUUCUGGUGUCUCGUCUUGAGAUGAUAUGAAUAUUUGAUGCUUGGUGGUGGAGAAAAGCUGUUCCCCAUUUGGAUGACUGCUGGGAAGUCCUGCUGAGAGCAAAAGGAUGUUCAGUAGACAGCACUAAAUAUCCACAGAGCUCGGCAAAUUGAGGAUCUCUAGACUUUUCCUAUUGCCUUGAAAUAAUUGGCAUGAGAAAUACAGAAUCUGCCAUUUGAUUGCCCCCUUAUUUAUGAAAGUAUGUUUUCAAUUUGUACAAACAUUCCCAAUCCUUCUCCGCUCCCACGGUUGAUUUUUCCCUUUUGAGACUAGCUCUCCUAUCUCUACUGAGCCUUCAUCAGCUCGACAUGUAUAUGACCUGGUUCUCAGCCUAAUACCAUCUCUACAUAGAUAGUUCAUGGGGAUUAUUUGGUUUGAUGUGCAUCCUCCUGCCCCCCACCAAGGGAAAAGAACUUCUCCAUCUUUCUCUUCUCAUUCCUCCCUUUCUUCUGUUUCCAGCAUUCAGCAGCGUGACUGGCAACAGGCUGAAUUAAUCAGUGGCUUAGUGCUUCACUCUGCUGUUCCUCUCUCUCUUUCUCUGCAGCGCUGUGCUCUGUGCACUCUCUCUCUCUCUCUUCCUUCCUCUCUCCCUCUUGCUCUCUGCUUCUCUGUGGGUAGCAGCAUUGGAAGUUGCUGUUCAAGGUUUCCAGUGGUGUGUAGCAGUCUUAGCCCAGAUGCUUUUCAAACAGCCAGAUCUAUGGAUGUCUCAGCAAGCCAAAAGUGGCAAAGAUGAAAUGACUACAAAUUUGGGUCUGACCACAACAAAAGCCCUAACUAUUCUGAGAGACCAACUAUCAACACUGCUGGAGGGACAUCAGAAGGAAAGGAAGAAGGUGAUUUCAUGGAAGGAAGUAUGGAAGGCCAGUUUUCUAUAUCAUGGCAACCGUUGUUCCUGUUUUCACUGGCCAGGGGCAUCUCUGAUGCUUCUAACUAUGCUGUUACUAUUCUGCUGCUAUGGGAGCCAACCCCAAGGAAGUGAAGGUUCAGAAAUUGUAAAUGCCUUGGCACUGUUCUUCCUGGUGCUACUUGACCUCUUUGUGAUUGGACGGCAAGAGAGGAUGAAACGCCGAGAAAUUGAGAGGAGACUUCGGAAAAUCAUCAGCAGAAUAGAUGAUGCUUUAAAAGAUAGCAAAGAACUCAUCUGGACAAAAACUAUGUACCCUGACCUUCAUAUGCCCUUUGCGCCAUCCUGGUCGCUCCAUUGGGUCUAUAGGGAUGGUCACCUUGUCAACCUCCCAGUAAGCCUGUUGGUAGAAGGUGAUAUUGUUGCUCUGAGGCCGGGCCAGGAAUCCUUCACCUCUCUUAGAGGGAUUAAGGAUGAUGAACACAUUGUCUUAGAACCAGGGGAUCUGUUUCCUCCUUUUUCUCCCCCACCCUCCCCCAAUGGGGAAGUAAAGAAAGGACCCCAGAAUCCCCAAAUGUUUCGACUCUUUCGGGUCACAAAAACCCCAGUGAUUGACAAUGUUCGGUUAUGUUUAGACAUGGGCUUAUCACGGCGUGUGACUGCUCUAGAUAAUGAGAGAUUCACAGUACAGUCAGUGAUGCUGAAGUUUGCUGUUCCUGUGGUGCUGCUUGGCUUCCUGAUUACCAAUGCCAUGCGUUUUUUUUUCAUGGUUGGUGGAACAGUCCCUUGGCAGUACAUGUUUCUUCAGCUUCAGGUUAAUGGAGUCUUGCCUAUCCUCCCACUCCUGUUUCCAGUCCUGUGGAUUCUGGCCACAGCUUUUGGUGAAGCCAGGGUUCUAGCCCAGAUGAGUAAAGCUUCCCCUACAUCGUUGCUGGCUAAGUUCUCAGAAGACACACUCAGUAGCUACACAGAGGUGGUAUCUUCCCAGGAAAUGUUACGGUGUAUCUGGAGCCACUUCCUGCAAGUUCUGAAGGGCAAAUCACCCACUCUCACCUUCACCUCUAGUCUGCUUCACAGUCUGGGAUCUGUCACAGUGCUCUGCUGUGUGGAUAAGCAAGGAAUUCUGUCCUGGCCUAACCCCAGUCCAGAGACGGUUUUGUUCUUUAGUGGCAAGGUGGAACCUCCUCACAGCAGCCAUGAAGAUCUGACGGACGAACUCUCCACACGCUCCUUCUGCCACCCAGAGAUGGAUGAAGAGCCUCAUGAAAGGGAUGCUUUGCUCUCAGGGCCCUUGUUGGAUGUGAUUCGCAUCAGCAAUGAGCAAGACAGGGCUGAGUGGUCCACCAGCAAUACUCUUAAGUCUUCUGAUACUCAGAUUCACAAGAAACCAGCAUGCCGCAGCAAGCACCCUUCGGGAUCUAAUGUGAGCUUCAGCAAAGACAUCGAAGGAGGAGAGGAGGAGACAAUUCAGGUGGAAAGUGACAUUGACGGACUAGCCUGCGAGGCUGAAGACUUUGUCUGCGAUUACCAUUUGGAAAUGCUUAGCCUGUCUCAAGACCAGCAGAAUCCUUCCUGCAUCCAGUUUGAUGAUUCCAACUGGCAAAUGCACUUAACCUCUCUGAAGCCCCUGGGCCUGAACGUGCUGCUCAACCUGUGCAACGCAAGUGUGACGGAACCCCUCUGCCGCUUCUCUGACCACUUGUGUAACCUCGCCUUGCAAGAGACACAUCAUGCUGUCUUGCCAGUACACAUACCAUGGGGGCUUUGUGAACUUGCUAGACUAAUAGGGUUUACACCUGGUGCCAAAGAGCUUUUCAAGCAGGAGAACUACAUGGCCCUUUACCGCCUGCCUUCUGAUGAGAUGGUGAAAGAAGUGAUGCUUGGGAAGCUCUCCUUCAUCACCAAGAGGAGGCCGCCUUUGAGUCACAUGAUCAGCCUUUUUGUGAGAGACACCACAACCAGCACAGAGCAGAUGCUUUCCCAUGGGACUGCUGAUAUCAUCCUGGAGGCCUGUACAGAUUUCUGGGAUGGCUCGGAUAUCUACCCGCUUUCUGGUUCUGACAGGAAGAAAGUGCUGGAUUUCUACCAGCGUGCCUGCCUUUCGGGUUAUUGUUCUGCCUUCUCCUACAAGCCCAUGCAUUGUGCCUUGUCUUCCCUCCUGAAUGGCAAAUGCAUAGAACUGGUGCAGGUCCCUGGACAAAAUGCCAUCUUCACCUCUUGUGAUCUUCCAGGGACCAUACCUAUCAAGCAGAGCAGCCGCCGAAAUAGCUGGAGCUCAGAUGAAGGGAUCGGGGAAGUGAUGGAAAAAGAGGACUGUAUCCAGGCUUUGAGUGGCCAGAUCUUCAUGGGCAUGGUCUCCUCCCAGUAUCAGGCCCGAUCGGAUGUCGUCCGCCUCAUUGAAGGACUAGUUAAUGCUUGCAUUCGUUUUGUCUAUUUCUCCCUGGAAGAUGAGCUGAAGAGUAAGGUGUUUGCGGAGAAGAUGGGUCUUGAGACUGGCUGGAACUGCCAUAUAUCUUUAACGCCCAAUGGAGAUGUGCCUGGUUCUGAAAUCCCUCCCUCCAGUCCCAGCCAUGCAGGCUCCUUGCAUGAGGACCUUCCUCAAGUGUCCCGAGAAGAUGCGGAGGGGAUUUUGUUGAUGGAAGAGGAAGGUCACUCGGAUCUCAUUAGCUUCCAGCCAACAGACAGUGACAUCCCCAGUUUCCUGGAGGAUUGUAACAGGGCCAAGCUACCACGUGGAAUCCACCAGGUGAGACCCCACCUGCAGAACAUUGACAACGUGCCUUUGCUCGUUCCUCUGUUUACAGAUUCCACCCCAGAAACCAUGUGCGAGAUGAUCAAGAUCAUGCAGGAGUAUGGGGAAGUCACUUGCUGCCUAGGUAGCUCUGCCAACUUGCGCAACAAUUGCCUUUUCCUUCAGAGUGAUAUCAGCAUAGCACUGGAUCCUCUCUAUCCCUCUCGAUGCUCCUGGGAGACCUUUGGUUAUGCUACCAGCACAAACCUGACCCAUAUUUCUGAUGAGCUCACGCCUCUUCAGCUCUCUGGCCAGCUGAAUAGCUUAUCCUGCUCCUUGUCUAUUUGUCCUGAAGAAACCAUUGGGAUCAUCAGACUUAUAGAGCAAGCCCGCCAUGCAACCUAUGGCAUACGGAAGUGCUUCCUUUUUCUCCUGCAGUGUCAGCUGACCCUAGUCAUCAUUCAGUUCUUGUCUUGCCUGGCACAACUGCCUCCCAUUCUCAGUACCACUGACAUAUUGUGGCUUUCGUGCUUCUGCUAUCCAUUGCUAAGUGUGUCCCUACUGGGAAAACCUCCUCAUAGUUCCAUUAUGUCAAUGGCUACUGGGAAAAACUUGAUCUUCAUUCCUAAAAAGACUCAGCAUUACUUCCUCUUCUGCUUCCUGUUGAAGUUCAGUCUCACCAUCUGCUCCUGCUUGGCUUGUUUUGGCUACUUGCUGCAAGAUUACUGUGCAAACUUCAACUCAUCUUCCUUCAGCGUGAAUGUCACAGGCUGCUUCUCCCUCGUGCUGCAAAGUGGAGCAGAACGUCCCCCGGAUUGGUUUGGAACUUUUUCCAAUGUUCUUCUCCUAGCCCAGAAAUUUACAGCUGGAAUGAUCGUCUUACACAUUGUGUUUAUAUCAGUCACCCAUGUCCAUCGUACCAAACCACUGUGGAAGAAAAGCCCCUUCACUAACUUCUGGUGGACUCUGACAGUUGUGGUUGUGUUGCUGGGCCAGAUUGUUCAGACCUUCCUGGACUUGAAACUGUGGGUGAAUCUUGAGUCUCCUGUGACUUACCAAAUGAAUGACAUUCCCAUGGCCUCCUGGCUGCUGGGUUUGCUCUCCCUUGUCCUUGUGGUGAUAAUCAAUGAGACUGUCAAACUCCACGAAAUCAGGGUUCGGGUGCGUUACCAGAAGAGACAGAAGCUGCAGUUUGAAACUAAGCUGGGCAUGAAUUCUCCUUUUUAAUCCCCUCAGGUUGGAUGUGCCCUAGAGGGCUGCAUGCCCCUUUUGUGCCCAGCCUUGUCACUUAGCAGAGAGGGAGAGCAACAGCCCCACACAGGAAUCCCUCUAUAGUCUGACUGAGAGGUCAGCAGGGGUCCAGGCGAAGGGUUGACAUUGGGACAAUGACACACAGACAGCUGUCCUUGCCAUUAUUUAUUUCACGACCUCCUCCAGUGAUGCUUCUUGGAAUCCCUUGGUUUGGCCUGGAUCUAAGAGCAGGAAAUUGUCCAUGAUACCUUUUUCAGGCUCCAUGAUUUGAAUCUGUAAUUUGUCACUUGGUGACUUCCCUCCUGUUGGUUGCUUCUGUUCAAGUGUGUCUGGCUUUCCAGUCCUGCUAGGCCCUACAGGGAAGGCCCCAAGAAGCCUCAAAUUAAACUCCCCUGGGAUGUGACGUCUGUUAUCCCUAACUAGCAAGCCAGGCCUUUCAUCUAUAUGGUGAGAGCAUUGAUGGGGAAAGUUAGUUUGUAGGUUUCUCAGCUCUGUCAGGUGCCAUAUUUUCUUAACGCUCCAUACUAGUUGGCUAGAUUGGGUUAUGUGUGGUAAUGUCUCUCACAUACGCACACUCAAGGACUGGGAAGCCACAAGAAUCCAUGGGAUCCUGUAAACAUGGAAGUCAAAGUGUCCCACAAAGUCGCCUGAACCAGAGCUGUGGCAGGAGUUUGUAUUUCCUUCUGUGAGAGCACAUUUGCAGGCAACUGUCUCUGGCUGUUUUGAAUAAGUUGAAGGCAGAUUGGGUUAUGUGUGGUAAUGUCUCUCACAUACGCACACUCAAGGACUGGGAAGCCACAAGAAUCCAUGGGAUCCUGUAAACAUGGAAGUCAAAGUGUCCCACAAAGUCGCCUGAACCAGAGCUGUGGCAGGAGUUUGUAUUUCCUUCUGUGAGAGCACAUUUGCAGGCAACUGUCUCUGGCUGUUUUGAAUAAGUUGAAGGCAGGCGACGCUGGCCGUAUCUUUUCCUGCCUCAAGUCCAUGGGCUUGGCUGGUCACUUGUCAGGCCCAGCAGAGAGACACCUUUAGUUGAAUGUUGUCCUUGCCUAUACUUCAAAGCAUAUUUGAGCGGAAGCUCAAGUUAGUGAACUUACAAACACAAAAUACCUCAUUCCAAAGUCUGUUCCCCAGAAGGGAGAUUUUUCUGGUGGGAACCUGCAUACCCCUACACCUAUCUCUUUUCUUAGAGGCCAGUUUAGCUAUGAAGAGUAAUUAUCUCUAAGCAGAAGUAAGUGCAACUAUGUUGUGCUAUCACUUUUCACUUCUUCAGGCUAUAUUAUAUGUUCCAUAUUAAGACUCUCCCAGACAUAACAUACAGGCGAAACGGUGGGAGAUGCUUAAAUUAAACACUGUUUUGGUCAGAUUUUUGAGCUGCAAUGUAACAUACCCAACUGCCAUAGAUAUGGGUGAGACAAUCUCAAUUCAUUUCUCACUGCUGCAUUUAAAAUUACUGAUUGAUUGCGACUAAUCCCACAAUGCUCUGAGGGGACAUUAUCUUUCUAUAGUGGGCAAAAUGAUAUUCAGCUUUGCCAGGUAAUAAUCACAGAUUGAUGCCUGACAGUAUUGGGACACUUUUCUGAAAAAAAAAGAGGUUUUCUAGCGGGAAGAUUUUUUUAGAAACUUGAUCUAUGGUCCUCCACAUACAACAAGCAGAGUUUACUGAUUUGUGACCUCUAAUUGAUUUGGUCUGGGAAAAUGAUCAGUAACUUAUUACUACAUUUCUAAAUAGUGUACUGCUUAGACUUUUCCUGUUGUUCAACUUUACUGCUCUCCACAUAAAGCCUGUCAUUUUCUCAAUUUAUUAUUAUCUAGAUUUCUAAGAAUAUUGAGGUUUGGAAUAUGUAUUCUGAUUUACACAAUCCUUUUAUUAACAAGCUAUGAUGUUGUCCAGGAUCCGAAUCCUUUUUGAGGUUGAGAAACCUGCUCAAUCCCAGGUUAAAAUGUCAGGAUGUGGACAAAGGGAGGGAUUCCUUUGCUGAAGGAAUAAGGAUUCUCUUACAGGUUUUUAAAAACCCAAGACAGCCAUUUUAAUAUAUAACAGUGGAUGAAAACCAAGUCUCCUAGAGAGGGUGCUUCCUAUAAUUAUUUUUCUCUCUCUGAAAGCUGAAAAUGACCCCCCCUCCUUUCCUACUCUCGUCUCUCCUUAGUGAUACUCAAUAAGAAUUAAACCAUGACUGAAAAGCCUUUUUCAUGGCAGUCUCCUGAAGAACUUGCUGCCUUUAGUCAGACAGGGCUUCAGAAAAGUAUGAGGCAUCGCCUUAGGAAUGAAUUUCACUUAACAGUUUGUUUUUAAAUAGUGUACAUUUUAUAUUUAAGAUUUUUGGGAUGGAUGUAAAAAUAGAUUUGUAUUAAAACUUGUAAAUUGUAUAAAGAAACCAAGAUCACCUGAUAUGAAUGGCAAUAAAUGAUUGUCUUUGAUACAGCAA